UGACUCGCCCAACAUCUGCAAGUGCGACAAGAUUGAACAGGAGUUGGUACUGCUACGGUGUUACGGUGAAAUCUGAUCGCAUCUCUAGUGCUUCCUAUACGCAUUACUUGAUCAGCGAGUGAGAUCUUCUCGGGCCCUCGUCAAGUGAGAGAUUCAAAGAACGAAUAGCUUUGAAAGUUAUUCAACCGCAUCUCGCAUUCGUCAAACAAGCUGCUGUUUCGCAAUUAAUUGCCUAAGGUGUCUGUGUCUAGACAAACGCUUCACCAGCAUGCGGAAGCAUCCAUUCUGUUCAGAGUUCCCCCGCCGCUAAUUUGCGAUUCCAAUGUCCGAUGCAAACAAUCAACAAAACGUGCUUUAGCACCAAAACACCACCGGGCUUAAUGGUGAUUCGCUGCAAUGUUAGCAAAACGAUGAAGCGUACCAUCGCAUCUCAGCUGAUUCUCGUCUUCUAUCGUUACGGGAGCACCACGAGCAAUGUUAACGCGUUACUGCUACUUGCGUCAACGAAGUAACACAAGCUGAUCACCACCCUCCCACACGCAGACGGGUGAUCCUGCUGGAAAUCUCUAAACGUGUUCCUCCUCUAUCGGAAAGGUUUUGUGCGCUCGGAAAUUAGACUUCCGCCUGUGUUAACCGCAAUCACCGGAUCGCGGUAUAUGUGUUGUGGAACCCGUUAUCAAGCAGUGGAGUUGUUCCCACUGUACGCCAAAGGCGAUCGGUAGUGGCCAACGAUUAUUACUGCGACAGCACCACCAACAGCAAGAAGACUUAAAACACAGCACAGUUGUACACUGUUCUGCAAGAUCAUCGUACGGAGCGUGCGAUAAUGCCUCACAAACCAGUGCCAGUGUGCCUUACUUACAUACACUCUGUGUGUAUGUGUGUGCGUGUGUGUGUGUGUGUGUGUGUGUGUGUGUGUGUGUGUGUGUGUGUAUGCGACUGUGAAACGUUCAAUUAUCAGCUCCCAGGAGGCAUUGGAGUAUUCCCCCGGCGAAAGGGUACCGAAAAUGAAGAACUAGUUCCUUCCUUGCCAUCCGGAUUACCGAAGGACAGUGAAAACGAUGCACUAGCGGACGGCGAUUGCUGCGUUCAGUGCUCUCAGUGCCACCAGACGGUUCAGGGAAUCGAGGCGCUGAAAGAACACAUUCAGCUUAAUCAUAGCAGUGGUCCAGAAGGCCCGAGAGCAAAGUUCUCGAACGAUACAGCCGAACCGGACGGCGACGACGACGAAGAAGACGACGACGAUCAGAACGACAACAUCAUGGCGGAGGAGGACGAACAUCACGUCGAUCCGGACGCAGCCUCACCACCACCUGCCGCUCCCCCAGAGCCACCGGUGACCAGCGCGGUGGGAAGCCGUGCCAGCGGUGAUCUGAUCGGUAGCCGUCUGCAAGCGAAGUGCGUCAGCUUGCUCCAGCUCCAGCAGCAAAAACAUCAAGCCUCGGUAAAGGCGCUAGACGACGAGCCGGAAGAUGACGACGACCCAGAGGUACCGUCCGGUACGACUCCACGGGAUCUACUUAUGGCGGGUUUGACACCGCAAACCGUAGCGGACAACCUACCGUAUGGUCCACGUUCCAUGGUGAUUAGCCCGGCCCAGGACGGCAGCAGUAAUUCCAGCAGCGGACCCAGCUUACCAACCGGCGGCACAGUUAAGGACACUGAUCUAGCGGUGUACGACUGUUCCCAGUGUCCGACCACAUUCACUAGCCGGGAUCAGCUGGAACGUCACGAGUUGCAUCAUCCACCAUCGGCAGAUGCGAGUUGCAAGGUGUGUCACAAACCGUUUGCCAACGUUUACCGACUCCAGCGCCACAUGAUCUCCCACGACGAAUCGUUGCAACGGCGCAAGUUCAAAUGCAACGAAUGUGAUAAAGCGUUCAAAUUCAAGCACCAUCUGAAGGAGCACAAACGUAUCCAUUCGGGCGAGAAACCGUUUGUCUGCCCCAACUGUGGCAAGCGCUUCUCGCACUCCGGCUCCUACUCGAGCCACAUGACCUCGAAGAAGUGCAUCAACAUGGGCAUUAGGCUCAACCACAACAAUAACAACAACAAUAGCAGCAGCCACAACAACAACAAUAGCACUAGCCUCAACAAUAACAGUUCAAACAAUAGUGGCAGCGGCAGUGACAGUAAUCAUCGAUCACCACAGUAUCCUUUCCAUGCUGGUAACGGGUUGACAGGACUACCGAACGGACAUGCCAUUAGCACCGGAGGACUAGGCCGUUCGCCUAUUAGCUUGCGACCACAGCACGGCGUAAGUGCGCUGCAUCGCGAUCUAGACAUAGCUAGUCGGCUCGGGCUAGUCACCUCACCGUCUCCAACGUCGUCCUGCUCGUCGGCGACCAAGCACGAGCUGGACACGAUCGGACAGCCGGGAGUAGACGCACUGCUGCUCACCAAGAUACAGCAAGCGUCACUACUCGCGUACUCGUUCGCCAUGCUCGAUCCGAACAUGUUGCGUCUGUUUGAUUUCUCAGCCGCUGCCCAACACCAGCCGCAACAAUCGUCGGCGAGUACCGAAACGCAGGAACCAAUGGACGAUGGUCAGCAGCGACCCGCUUCGCCGACCGGCGAUGAAGACGUGCAGCAGCGACCUGAAUCGGCAAAGCGACCAGCAUCUUCGUCCAUCGGUGUGGACGCCAUCACAAUGGCGCAAAACACUGCCGACGACACCCAGCAACCGAACCCGUCCGACACCGAGCGCAUGGAGGUCGAUGAUGAGCAGGAGGAGAGCUGUGCUGUGGAGAAGGUAGAGGUGGUGAUGGCAUCCUGCCCAGACAGUGUACAACCUCAUCUCACACCCUUUCACGAUGAGGAAGACAAGCAGCGAGCUAGCACCACUUCUAGCAGUAUCCAUACCAGUGAACAGGUCGAGGCAUCGCAACAGCCACCGAAUGCGAAUGACGACACCGAAAGCAAGCACGGUUUGCCAAUACUUCCCAAGCAAGAACCACCAGAGGAAGUGCCACAGGAUUCCAUACGUUCCAGCACGAGUGCAGAAACAACGCACCACGAAUUGCGUGCAUCAGCCGACCGCAGAUUGAACAGUGACGGUGGCUAUGACGCCCCAGGUGACAAACCUAUCGUGAAAGACGAGCCGUCCGAGGAGGAGAUCGGUAUCGAUCAGAUUGAAAUGGUCGAACUCAAGUUAACCGAUCGUGACGACCGGCUGCACUUCUCCUCACCCUCUGUCACGUCCUCACACUCCCCAUCGGUUUCCGGUUCUCCGCUGCACUGUCUUUACUGCAGCGAGGAGUUUGCUACCGAGCCCGAAAUGUUGCAGCACGCACGAAUGUUCUGCAAACGCUCGCUGCUGCUCAACCCGUUCGUGAACGCGUCGGGCCCACUGUCACAAACCACAGCGAACGGCACUACAAUUGCCAGUAGUACCAGUGGUAACAGUAGUAGCAGUUGCAGCGAGGACGAUACCGACUACGACACGGUCGCUCUCAAGGGUGGCUGUGGUGGAGGUGCGUACGGACUGCAUGGUAGUGUAGCCGGUGGCACUCUCGGGAUGGCAGGACCACACGGUGGUGCGGGAGGUGGUGGAAAGGUGCGAGUUCGUACUUCUAUCUCCGAAGAGCAGCAGAAUGAGUUGAAGAAGUACUACGCUCGCAAUAGUAAACCCAGCCGCGACGAGUUCCAGGCAAUUGCCCAACACGUCAAGAUGGAAGCGCGUGUCGUACAGGUGUGGUUCCAGAACAAUCGAUCACGCGAGCGCAAAAUGGGAGCGGGAGCUGUUCGUCAGUAUCCCACUCAGUCAGGCCCAGCGGCUGGUCAAACGGUAGCAACGGUAGGAGCACCCAUCUCACCGCUCCAUGCCGAUCGUGCACCAUCGGUCGUAGUCACCGGUCAGGACACGGGCGAUCAACCGCUCGAUCUAUCCGUCAAAAAGGGUCUACUGACGGUAGGCGAGGCUCUGCUUAGUGCAGCCACCAAUUCGCAGGCUGCUGCAUCAGCACUGGCUGCCGGCACGCUACCAGCGGUGCUGCUCCAAGCAGACACCAUGUCCGCCCUGAACGAAGCGAUGAACCUCAGCAUCAAGACGUCCUGUUCGCCGACCGCCUACUUCUACCAUGACAUUCAUCCGAUCCAUGGAGUGACGGCCGGACCACAGUCCCACGGAACCGGCGGCAACCCGCUCAAGCUUGGCCUGGGCACUGGUCUUCCACGGGACACACCCUCACCGCCCCAGGAUGAUCGGGUUCAGCACACAGCACAAUCUGCGCCAGUACCGCCGCACACACCGCACACGUUCGGCAAAUAUCCGCCAAUACACGGACUGCACCAUCCAAGCCACCACCACCAUCAUUCAGCCAACCAGGCCAACAUGGACCAGUUGCUCCGGCAGUUCUCACCGAAACUGUCGGCUGCUGCAGCCGCCACCGGCGGUGUUAUGCUGGGACGGGCGAGCCUGAGUCCUGGUGCGCGCGACAUGCUACCGGACGACAGUGCGUCCAAGUACUAUGCCGCCUUUCCGGACAAGAAGCAUCUGCUGCAAUCGAUGCUGAACGUGCCGAAAAGAUUGACCGGAGCUUACGGGCUCGGUGGAGGUAAUGGAGGGGCCGGAGUUGCCGGUGGUAAGGAUGCCGGAGGUUCACUUGCACAGCCAGCUCCGGACGCCGAGGGCCAGUACGUCUGUGAUCAGUGCGACAAGACGUUCAGCAAGCACAGCUCCUUGCAACGCCACAAAUACGAACAUUCAGGUCAACGUCCUUACAAGUGCAUGGAAUGUCCGAAGGCGUUCAAGCACAAGCAUCACCUAACCGAGCACAAGCGUCUGCACAGUGGCGAGAAACCGUUCCAGUGCUGCAAAUGUCUGAAGCGCUUCUCGCAUUCCGGCUCAUACAGCCAGCACAUGAACCAUCGCUACUCCUACUGCAAACCGUACAGGGAGGGCAAAUAAGGCAACGACCUGGGGCGGGAUGUUCCGUCCCCCGGUGCUGGUCUUGCCCAACACGCUCCCUACGAUCGCGAUCCUGCCUUGCCCGCUAGCCAGCAUCCACGCGGACUCCGUCGAGGACGUGGCGGUAGGCUUUCCCUCACAUCCAACCAUGGAUACGGACGAACCCGGUCAGCUGGAGAGCAGAAGCAACCGUAUCCCGGACCACCUCCACCACCACCGCCACCGCCACCGCCACCACCACCACUACCACAGUCUGGUCCGUUACCGGCGGUAGUACAGACGUCACCACACCUAGAUGUCACUGACGAGCGGCACUGCGAGUUGACCCAGCAACCCAUAUACCACCACCAACAUCAUCACCACCAUCAACACCACCAUAGCAUACCAGCAGCAGGCCCACCGAUAUUACAAUCAGUCAAUGUACAAGUAGUAGCACCCGACGCCAUACUGCUACCUCCGCACCGGCAACACUCGCUGCUCACCGCGGUCGACACUCCGGCACCGUACCUCAACCGGAGCCUGUUUGUCGACCGUUACCUGAACGUGCCAUUUCUAACCAGUGCCGAACACCAACUGACGACCAGCAGUAUCGGUGCAACGGUCGGUAGUAGUGUGAGCGGUUUACAUUGAGCGGUUCAAGUGCUUGUUUACGUAAAACAACGUUAAGAUGGGACUUACAGGAGUUGUUACAGUCACAGGUAGCGAUUGUUUAUCAUUGGGAAGCCAUGUAUUGAUGUAUUGCCAUGCUACAGAAAAUUACGUUUAAAAAUGAUGUGAAGAAUUUGACACUAACACGCGAAAAGGAUAGGAAUGACGCCCAAAUAGGAAGGAAUGCAAAAUAAUGCACCCUCGAAAGGACACAAGUUAUAUGUUUUUUCUAUAUUUUAAUGCUAGUUUUUCUAUGAUAGAUUUUAAUAUCGCCUAUCUACGGCCUAAAAUACACCUUCUCCCUUCCACAAUUAUCCAAAUCGAAACCCACAAACCUGACCCGCCCCUAACGCUACGUAUUCCCGUAAUUAUUAAUCACAUACCCAUUCUUUGUUUUCAUCACCACGAUUCGCCGCAAAACGACAGGAGGCCCAAAGAAUCAUUCGAAAGCCGUGUAUCUUUAAUUCUUAACCAUUCGCUAAAUUCUCCAGACAUCCAGAUGUCAGACGAGACGAUUAGUAUUAUCAUUGUUCAUGCGACACGAUUGGUUCAUAAGCAUGCUUAUUAUUUCAUUGCGAACUCUGUUUUGUUUUUCUUUAUGUUAAUUGUUCACUUCGUUACUGACAUACAGCAAACAGCAAGAAAAACUGCACGUUCCGGUCGAAUUUGUUUUCAUUCUAAUCACAUUAGUAUUUGUUCACACAAAACUUGUAGGAAAGGUAAAAAGGAAAAAAAAGAUGAGUUACGGACUGUCACGAAGAAGCUGGUACAGAAUAGCUGUCAAACGCGCACAUCGUAAUCAUCGGUUUUUUUUAUCACCUUUUGUCUCUCUCGCUCUUUCUCUUACGCCCGAAAGUCGUACUUAACGUAACCGCAGAAAGAGAAUACAGGAUGAGUCACUACUGAAAGUAGAGCAUAUACUAAGCGAACGAUUGUACCGCGCACCAUCCAGCACCUCGGUGGCAAGUGUCAAAUGUGACCGUGUCAUAAGACAUGCAUUUAUUAUUACUAUUAGUUUUAUUGUUACUCGAACGUCUUCAACUACUUGUGUCCAUCGAUCGCCAUCAUGAUGGGCUAGCAAUAUAUAAGUUAGAGUCGAGAGUCUACUAUCGACUAGAAAUGUGCUAUAAAGAAAACAUUAUAUUUUAUAUUAUUCUCAUUAUUUUAUGUUUUUCGUACAUGACGUACAUGAGGAAGGCGAUUGGCUUAAGUUGACUAUAACACGCAUUAAUUAUUAGUAUCUCCUUUUCCUCUUUUUCCCACUACUCCACUACAACCCAAAAAUCUGCACUUCCAACAUCUCCAACAGUCGUACAGGCCAGCACAAACACACCCAUCCCAUGUUACUAGAUUGAUUUCUAAUAACUAGAUGGCUGAACUAUCGGUGACAGUUCUCAUGACAGUACAGUGAUUGUAUGUGUAUGCGCGUGUGCGUUUGAGAGACAGGAAAGUCAAAGUAUCAAUCACCACACCGAGUCAUAUAAACAUCAGACACAGGACACCGGCGCCUUUAAUCUUAAUCCCGAAACAUUGUAUCUCAUUCCUAUUAAGUCUAGUAUAUCUAGCGGCUAAUUUCGAAACAAUUUGUUGCAGACCAAGUGCCGGCGCGCGUAUAGCGAUCUAAAGGCGCGCCAUGGCAAGGAAUGCAAACAGCCCAGACGUGAAUUCAGUUACUUAUUAUUCCUUUUACUAUAUUAAUAUUAUAUUACGGGUCCGGCGUAGGGCACCCGGCACCCACUAGCAUAUAUAAUUCCGUUACAUACAAAUGGAAAGAGACAUCGACGAUUCUGACACGCAUAGCCAUUAGGUUAAAUACGUAGCUAUUAAAUUGUACUGAUAAGUUCGAUGUUUCAAUUUAUCUUAGUUGCCUUAUAUUACCCGGUUGAGCUAUCUUUCUUCCAUAUUACUUAGGUACGCCGUACGUGUCACCCUUGACGCAAGAUGGCGGUACACAUACAUGCUAGGACCAAACCAAAUCGUUUCGCAGGCGAGAUAAUUGUUAGCCUACCCCGUUGAGAACCGUUUGCGAUCGCAAACCGCUUACUAUUAUUCUUAAGUUUGUCCCUUGCCCGGGGGCUUUCAAAGCAAGAUGGCCUACUUGGUGACGUAAGCUUUGUGAUCACGGCACUACCGUUUAGUGCGUUGCUUAAUGGUUCCCCUUUCCCGAUCCAACGUGAUAUUGAACUGUGUCACUACUGGCAGUGAAAAGCGCAUCUUCUACCAUCAGAUACUACAGAGAGAGAGAGGGAGAGAGAGAGAGAGAGAGAGAGAGAUAGAGAGGAACACGCACAACAUUGUGGACCAGUGAGUGUUAACUAGACAAUACAAUGCUAGGUUGAUUGGUAUACCAGUCAAACGAAAUUGGAAUAGACGCACUGUGGUACAGCUGCAAGGACGCACGCGUCGACGUGAAUAUGAUUAUGAAUUACAAAAGAAAAGAGAAACACACAUUCAAAUGGCAAAAAUGUUUCACAAAACAACAUGACUACACCUAACCUUAUCGAAAGUUAUUAUAUCAAAAUUUCUGCAUUUCUGCAAACAUAAACUCACUAAAGCGCUACCGUGUCAUUUUUGAAGCAUCAGAAGAAAAAGCUACACACACACUCUUAACACAAACACGAUUUUGCAUUAAAAAGCAGUCGCGAUAGUCAUUGGGCAAAGCACGCAAAAACGCAACACGCACCUUACAAAUAAUAACACUCAACAUCUUCCAUUAGGCGCAAUGGGAAUUUGGGAAAAGAUAUGUUCGAGCGCAGUGGUUUGAAAGAGAAGAGGAAAAAGCAUACAAACAAGCUUCAUUGAUAUCUCUACUUCACUGUUACACAUUUAUAUAAAUCAAAUAUUAUUAAACGAAAAAAAAGCAAAAAAAUGAAGCGAUUCGAACAAACAGCACCAGCAGGAAAAAAACAGCUUCCACAGGGCGAAACGAAAAAAAAAACAAAUAAAACUGAAUUAAAAGGCAUUGACUAUUUUCUUAUAACUAAAAACAAGCAAGAGAUAGAGAGAGAGAGAAAAAAAAGGAAGUCAAAGAAAAACAUCAACGAAUGGCUUGUUUUGGUUUCUGUUUUUUAGUUAGUGCGUUGCAAUACAGGAAAACAGAACAGAAGCACACCAGCACACUCACUCACACACUCAGACACAAAACACAUGGUUGCAAAAAUGCCGCAAACUACAUACUUAUAGCAAGGUUUCAUGGUGGACUUAAACUAUAAAAGGAGAUAAUUACUAAGCAAAAAGCAUGAGAAGCGAAGAAAAUGAAGAAGCCAUAGGAUGGAAACGAAAGAUUGGAAAAUGAAUUUGCUAAAUUGUGGAAAAUAGGGCUAGGAUGGGAAAGCGUGGGAAGUAGGUAGUAGAGGGCGGCCUCUUGUGUACAGAGCCCUCUAAGCUUUGUGGGAGAAAUAUUAGUGAAAUAUAGUCGAGUGUGUGGUGGUAUGUGUAAAAACUGAUAAGUGUGUGUGUGUGUGUGUGUGUGUGUGUGUGUGGGUGAAUGGAACGUAGUACAGGACACUUGGACGAGUGUAUGUGUGAGUGUGUUAUAACAAGAGAAGCACAAGAGCGAAACAAAACACAAAACUAGAAAAUAGUCUCCUUUAAGCGAAUAGCAGCAGUAAAUAUUGAUAUUAACAAAUUACAUUUGGUCAAACGUCAGCAAUGCUAUAUAAAUGAAAUUUUCCUCUCCUUCGUUUUCCUAAGACCGCUCACUCCCCCACCCUUUUGCAACCCAAUCAAUCGCACACUUACUCAGCCCGUUUGGAGGUCACAGAACAUAUGGCGGCUUUUCCCGUGUUGAUAAGAAAAUAGGGGGAAGGUUAAACAACGCUUGUCCUUUUGUUUUUUUUUUUUGCAAAACUGAGUAUCCUUUCCUCCACCUCCCUUCCCCUAGCAACUCCUUUUAGCGGCUAAAAUUUGCUGUUUUUUAAAGUUCUUUUGAUGAUCGUUAAACACAACAUAUGUUGUGAUGACAUACAUAUGUUGACAAAGCAAACAAACAAACCAUUGUUAGUAAUCCUUGUACAUACCAAAUUGAUGCAAAAGUCUCUUUAUUACUAACCCUUCCCCACACACUUUUUUCCCAAUUGCUACCAAUUGGAUAUGCAGAACACAAAUUUAAAAAAUAAGAAACACACACACACACAAACACAAUCAGCCAAUCAACCAUUUCGAAACAUUAUUGAAACUUAUACUCCGACACACUCACACGAACACGAAGUAAAAUAGAAACAUAAAAAAUGUGACAAAAAAGAGUUAAAAGUCCAGAAGUACGAUAAAAAGAAACAAGAAAGUCGGAGAAGAAAUGAUACAAAGCAAAAAAACAUCAAUUACACGUUUGUGUUGAACAAAACAGUAACAGAAACAGAAACCCAGUAAGGUAGGAACAUUUUUUUAUCUAUAUACAAACACAUACCAUACUACACCACCAAACAAACAAGCAAA